AUGCUUGACGAGAUUCACCCGAUCCUCGAAACCCACUCGAACGACAAAAAUGCUUACACCCUGGGAGCGAUCAGUGGGCACAAUGUGGUGAUCGCCUGUCUCCCCGCCGGCACCUAUGGCACUACCUCGGCUGCGACAGUUGCGAGCUCCAUGUUCUUUACCUUUGUCUCCAUCCGGCAUCUUUUUAUGGUGGGGAUCGGCGGAGGUGUACCAUCAGAAUCCAACGAUGUGAGGCUUGGUGAUGUCGUCGUCAGCGUUCCAACACCGGGAUGUGAGGGUGUGAUACAGUACGACUACGGAAAGACCAUCCAGGAGGGAUACUUUGAGAGGACGGGCACACUGAGCAAGCCUUCUCCAUCCCUCUUGGCCGCACGCACAUGCGUAAACUGCGAUGCAAACAACUUGAUCCUGCGUCCAGAACGUCAGGACACCCAGCCGGUUGUUCAUUACGGCUUGAUCGCUUCCGGAAACCAGGUGAUCAAGCAUGCAGGCACCCGUGACCGACUGGCUGCAAAGCUGAAUAUAUUGUGUUUUGAGAUGGAAGCCGCCGGGCUGAUGGAUAGCUUCCCUUGCCUGGUGAUACGAGGGAUUUCAGACUAUGCUGAUUCGCAUAAGAACAAGCAAUGGCAGGGAUACGCAGCCGCCACGGCAGCUGCUUACGCCAAAGAGCUAUUGUCGGUGAUCAACGCCACAGGGCCCAGGGUAGCUCGCGAAACAACAAAGAAGCAAACAUCCGGCGGCGUCGACCAUCGCAGGUGUGUCAUGGAUGCAUUGCGAUUUGAACAGAUAGAGAGUCGACAGGCGACAAUCAAAGCUGCUCACGCUAAGACCUGCCGAUGGCUCUUGGAGAAACAAGAAUAUUUAGAUUGGCUCGACAUGGCAAAGGUCGUCAAUCAUCAUGGGUUUCUCUGGAUCAAAGGCAAAGCAGGAAGCGGCAAGUCAACCAUCAUGAAAUUUGCAUACCAACAAGCCCAGGCGACCAGGAAUGACAAUACUGUAAUUGUCUCAUUCUUCUUCAAUGCCCGGGGCGAGGAACUUGAAAGAACGACCGAAGGCAUGUAUCGCUCGUUGCUCUUGCAGUUGAUGGAUGCUGUGCCUGGCCUUCAAGUGUUAUUGGAUCGAGUGCCUUUGCCAUCUAAUCAUGACACACAGAACUAUUCUUCAUCGGACAUCGAAACACUUCAAGAGAUCUUUCGCUGUGCCGUGACCUCACUUGAUGGAAAGCAUCUGAUUUGUUUUAUCGAUGCGCUUGAUGAGUGUGAAAUGGAGCAGGUGCGAGCCAUGGUGGAGUUUCUCGAAUCACUGGGACAAUACGCGACAUUAUCGCAGAUCAAACUUCAUGUUUGCUUUUCUAGCCGGCAGUACCCGUUCAUCACAGUGGAGAAUGGAAUCGAGUUGAUUCUACAUGACCAAAACGGCCAUGGGGAAGACAUCGCUCGAUACUUGCGCAGCGAAUUGAAGAUUGGACGAAGUAAACAAGCUGAUCUCAUUCGAACCGAGAUAUCAUGCAAAGCAUCAGGCAUCUUCCUGUGGACCGUUCUUGUUGUUCAGAUUCUCAAUCGCGAAUUUGAAAGGGGUCGUCUGCAUGCGCUGCGCAAGAGGCUUUCUGAUAUCCCAAAUGAGCUCGGCGAGCUUUUCAAAGACAUCUUGACUCGCGACAAUGCUAAUAUGGAUGAGUUGUUGCUGUGCAUCCAGUGGGUCCUAUUCAGCAAGCGACCGUUAAGAAGAGAAGAGCUCUACUUUGCCAUUCUCUCUGGCCAGCCUGACGACCUCACGGAUGCCUGGGACCCCAAUGACAUUACUCUGGAGGAUAUGGAGCGGUUCAUCCUCGCGACUUCAAAAGGUUUGACCGAGACAACCAAGUUGCGACACGCGACCGUGCAAUUUAUACAUGAAUCCGUCCGUGACUUUCUGUUAAGAGGGAAUGGCAUCAGGGAGCUUUGGCCUGACAAGCAUGACCAUUUCAAUGCACUGAGCCAUGAACGACUCAAAAUGUGUUGUCAAAAUUAUUUGAUGACCGACAUCCGAGGCUCACUUGGUGUUUCUGACGAGCUUCCCGUUGCGUCAUCCGAGAGUGCUCGCGACAUACGAUCUGCACUGAUUUCCCGCUAUCCGUUCUUUCAGUAUGCAGUUUCCAAUGUUCUGUACCACGCCGAUGCUGCACAAAGCGGUGGGGUGAACCAGAGCAAGUUCAUCGAUGGCUUCCCUCUCACUGAGUGGAUUCAUCACAGCAAUAUGAUCGAGCAGGCCCAAAUCCGACGCUACACAUCGUCUGCAAGCCUCUUGUAUAUCCUUGCAGAGCACAAUCUCCCCAGUUUAAUAGGCUUGGUACUGGUGGAUACACCAGAUCUACAGAUAGCUGGCGAGAGACCGACAGUAGUCGACUUUCUGCUCCGGGUUCUCAAGGUUCACCCAGACGGCUCCGCCCGCGGGCCUCAAGGAACACCGCUCCGUCUGGCAAUCGAACUUGGAAGAGAGCAUAUCUUUUCUCGGCUCCUUGCAGACUGUCGUGUCGAUAUCGACCGCGUGUAUGAUGAUGGGCUAACCCCGUUGGCCUGUGCGUGCUCUGCAGGUUGGCUUGCUUUCGUCCAGGACCUGUUGGCGUGUGGCCGAAUACAAUGUGACCGGGGUGAUUGGAGCGGCCGAACACCACUGUCACGUGCAGCGGGCAUGGGUCAUCUCGAGAUCGUCCAGCUGCUACUCAAGACCGGCAAGGUCCGAAUCGACAACACUGAUAGGGAAGGCUGGACGCCCUUGUUGUAUGCCUGUUCCCAUGGCUACAGCCAGAUAGCUUGUGAGCUGUUGAGUACAGGACAGGCGAAUCCAAAUCAUUCCGGCUUGGACAGAUCGAGCCCAUUGAUCCUAGCUGCCAAAGGUCACCCCGAGGUCGUCGAGCAGUUGUUGGCUCAUCCACAAGUGGACCCUGAUGCUGAGGAUGAAUUAGGUAGAACGCCGAUUGGGAUUGCCAUCAAGAAUGGUCAUGCAGAUAUUGCGCGCCGACUCUUGGCUACUGGACGCGUCAACGUCAAUGUUAUAUCGCAAAAGUCUUUGGAGGCGAUAAUGGAAGACGACACCGAGGACUUCAAUGCAGACACGGCGCCUAGAGACGCCGGCUGA